AUGACAACUAUGACAGAAUAUCCGGAGACAUCAGUUAAUGAUGAACGAGUAAAGUUGCAAAGGUCAGAGAGUUUUGAAGAAAAUGGUUUCAAAGUAUUACAGAGUAUUUUAUCAUCAUCUGCAUCAGUUGCAUCAAAUAUUCAGCAUCAAAACAUGACGGAUAGAAAUGGUAUUGGUGUUUCACAUCGAUCGUUAUCUGCACAAAAUUUAUCUUUUCACAUUCCUACAACAACAUCAAUUAACGAUCAUGGUCUUCCACCAAUAGCAAGUCAACAACAACGUCGUUCAAUAAUGUCACGAAAUCCAAUGGAACUUGAUUCAUUUGUUCGACAAUUUGAGACAAAAAUUCGAGAACAAAGUUUAAUAUGGCAAAAAGAAUUACAAAAAUUACUUGAUAAAAAAAAUUCUGAAUUAGAGAGUAUAAAAUCGUCAUAUGAAUCUAAAUUACGUGUAUCGUUGGAAAAUAAUAAAAAAUUUGAAUUACUAAUAAAUCAAUUAAAUGAUGAGAAUAAACGUAUAAAAUAUGAGCUCGAACAUCAAAUUAAAUCAGAACAAAUUCAAAUAAAAAAUGACUAUGAACAAUACAAACAAGAUAUGGAACGUAAAUUUUCAGAUAUGAAAACAUUUUAUGAAGAUGAUAAACAAGAAAUGAAAAAACAUCAUAAUCGAAUCUAUCAAGAUUUGUUGGAUGAAACAAAUCAACGCUUGAAAAAAAUGGAAAACGAUUAUAAAUAUCAACAACAGACGAAUGAUUCAAGUGUUAGCGAAAUGGAAAAACGUUUAGGUGAAUUUCGCACGAAUGUUGAACGAUUACAACAAUCAAAACAAAAAGUUGAAGAAGAAAAAUUACAGUUGCAAAAAACAAACGAGCAAUUAACACUUCAAAAUCAAGAAUUAACGGGAAAAAUUCGUCAUAAUGAUCGUGAUUAUCAAGAUCAAGUACAACGUUAUGAAAAUGAAUUAAAAUCUGUCAAGGUACGUUGUGAAUCGGGUGUUGAACUGUUAAAAAAAGAAAAUGAUUUAACAAAAACAAAAGCAACAAAAACCAUAGAUGAAUUAGAAAAACAACUUGGAUUAAUUACUGAAAAAUUUUAUGAUAUGCAAAAAUUAUUUGAACAAAAAUUAGCUGAUCAACAAAAAACUUAUCAAAUAAAUUUAUCCGAAUAUGAAAAUGAGUAUGAGAAAAAAUUAAAUACUAUUAAAUUUGAACAAACCUAUGAAAAAUUUGAACAAUUUCAAAAACAUAAUGAUCUGUUACAAAAUGAGUUAAAACAGAAAGUGAAUGAAAUUCGACAAAUCAAUGAUUUAUAUAUGAAACAAAAAGAGUUAAAUGAGAAAAAUGAAAAAAAAAUUGAACAAAUAAAAAAUGAUUCCGAUUCCAUAUAUCAAGAAAAGGUUGAGUAUUUUUAUUUUUUAUUAUCGAUACAAUUACAAGAUCAUAGUAUUAAAGAACUGAACGAAAAAAAUCGUCAAAAUGAGCAUUUAUUAACUGAAAAUUUGAAUAAAGAACAUAUGAAAUUAAUCGAACAAUUACGAUUAAAAUAUGAACAAGAUAAAGAAAUGUAUGAUGAAAAAAUGAAGAAUCAUUAUAAUAAAGAAUUGAAUGAUCUCAAAGUAAAAUAUGAACAAAUUAUAGAAAAACAAGAUGAAAAAUUUAAACAAGAUAUUAAACAACAGGAAAAAAUGUAUAAUGAAAAACGAUUGACAUAUGACAAUGAGAAACAACAAAUUAUCAAUGAUUAUGAGCAAUUUAUUAAAAAAAUUGAAAAACAGUAUGAAUAUAAGAAUAAUGAAUACGAAAAACGAAUCGAAAUGUUAAUAGCAAAAACACACGAACAAUUGAAAUCAAUUGAAGAUGAAUUUCAAGAGAGAAAUGUUAAACAACAAUCUAUUAUUAAUGAUCAACAGAAAAUGAUACAAGUAUUCAAAGAUGAACAAAGUAAAAUAAAAUCAUUUUAUGAUAAACAAUUUAAUUUGUUAAGUGAUCAAUGUAUUAAGGAAAAAAAUGAAAUUAAAUCGAGAAGUGCCGAGGCAAUGGCGCAUGGUUUUGGCAUUACGUUGACAUUGAAGAAAGAACAGUUAGAACGAAAACUAUCUUAUUUAUCAGAACAACAUAAACAUGAAUUAAUUGAAUGUAAAAUAUCGUAUGAAAACAAUUUAAAAGGUUUAUUAUCAAAUGAUGUACGAUUAGAUUUAGAGAAUACAAUACAAUCGUUAAAACAACAAAUUCUCUAUUUACAACAACGUAUUGCUUUUUUACAAAAUGAAUUAGAACAAUACGUACAAAACUAUGGACAUUCAAUAACAAACUCAUCAAGAAGAAAUAAAACACCAACCCAACAAUGA